GUAUCAGAGACCACGCUAUUUUGUUUGCAGCACGUUCCUUCCAAACGACGAAAAAGAAAAACAACGUUUUCUUCUUCUGCUAUCUAUCUAUCUAGGGCUCAAUUCCGAUUCCGAUUCCGAUUCAUACUCAUAACCCUUUCAAUGCUUUAUUGAACUAACGAGGUUUUCUUCACGCACCUUGUUUUCUCUGCAUUGUUUCGAAUUCCAUGGAGGAGUCUUCGUACACCGGUCUUCCCACUAGCCACUUGCUCGGUUCAGUUCCUGCUGUCAUAACUGAAGAAAAUAAUGCCACGAAACAUGUGGCCACCGGUGCAAAUAUGCAAACAUUCCCUCCCAACAAUGGAGGAGACAGAGGACCAGGACAUCAAACUCUUGGCAGUCCUACUGAAGCUUUUGAACAACAGCCAGCAAACAACUGGAGGGGAAUCUUUAGCAUGUCAUCAUAUUCAGAGUAUUUCAAUGUAGACACAGAUGUUGUCUUAAUCAGAUUGAUAAGUUCCUUGAAUCCAGUUGCUGCAGACUUUUUCAGCAAGAUAGAUGCUAACCCUGAUUUAUAUGGGCUUAUAUGGAUCUCAACAACAUUGGUUUUUGUGCUUGCCUCACUUGGAAAUCUGGCCACGUUCCUUAUGCAAAAACAUGCAGAUAACAGUACCUCUUGGAGCUUUGAUGUCAGCUAUGUGAAUGUGGCUGCAUGCUCUAUCUAUGGCUAUGCAAUUGUGGUUCCAUUGGCAUACUACUUCUUCCUUCAGUAUAUGGGUUCAAAUGCUAGCCUUAUAAGGUUUUGGUGCUUGUGGGGGUAUUCCCUCACCAUUUUCAUCAUGUCUUCUUUCCUGUUGAUAAUUCCUGUUGAGUUUCUUCGGUGGGUUAUAAUACUCCUUACGGGCGUUGCCUCGGCAAGCUUUGUUGCCUUAAACCUGAGAUCUUAUAUAGAAGGCAAUGAACUUUCAGUGGCGAUUAUUGCAGCAUUUUUCUUGCAAAUGGCUUUGGCAAUCUUCAUCAAGGUUUGGUUCUUUCCGUAGCUAAAAUGCACUGCAGUGUGAAGAGUAAGACCCAAACACUAUCAUUAUGAGCUCACUUCAUUGGCUAACUUUGUUCAAGACGCGAGUGGAAUCGUCUGAAGCAGAAUUGGUUUGUGUAUUUACUAUAAUGGAAUGAUGAGAAAGAAUUGCAGAGAGAGUAGUGCGAUUUCUGUAUCAGCUGGGUCUGAGUUUCCGUAUGAUUUCUGCCUAAAGUCUUGUGGAAGACCCAAUACUUUGGAAGGGGAUGAACAAUCAUGAUUUGUAGUAUCUGCCUAUGUUUGAGCUUCUUGCAUAUUUCUGUAAAUAUACUGCGUCAAGUUAAUCUUUUUUUAAUCGAUUUUUUUUAAAAGUAGCUGUUUUGCGUGAAGCCAAGGCAAUUUCCUAUGCUGGUGAAUCAAAUUUUGCUCUUUUCAUCUCCUGUUUGAAAGUGACAAUGUAAUGUGACUCCUCUUGUAACACGCUUGCAUGUUAUUUUUAGUUGAAUAAGUAUAAGUACUAGGUAGCGUGUAAUUGGGUAUCCUAA